GGUUAAAGAUCUGCGUGGCUUCUCAGAUGUGCGUGUGUGUAUGUGUGUGUUUUCCCUUCAUAGCAAAACCCCCUCUGAUUUUCAGUCAGAAACAUCCCGUCGACUGGACAAAAUGGUAUUCCUCCGAUGUAUGUGCAUUCUGAUCUGUUGGAUACGUAGGGCGCAGUUAGAGCCGAUCCUGGUCCAGGAUCCCGCUGAAAUCCUUGUGACCAAAGGAGAAAAGCUGGAAUUGACCUGCACUGCGAAGGAGCAUCUCGGUCUGUUGGCCUGGUACAGGAUAGACGAGGACGGUACAUCACAUUUUGUGAUCUCAAUGAAUGUCAUGGAUAAAAUAGAGCGGGGAGCCGGGAUAGAUGAACGUUUCACGUCCUUCAAAACCACCUUUCGUUCAAAAUUCAGCUUAGUAAUUAAAAACGCGCAACUCACGGACAACGGCACCUAUCACUGUAUGAUGAAGUAUCAGGAGAAAGUCCACCUCGGAGGUGGAAGUAUGGUGACUGUAGUUUCAGAGAAAGCGAUAGUAACUACAACGCCCACAACUACAACAACUCGCGAAAUCAUUCGGUACAAACACCCACCGCGUAACAAGAAGAAAUGGGGGGAAAAUGUGUACGUUUGCGACUGGCCUAUCUGGGCAUCACUAGCUGCCUUCAACAUUCUGCUCCUGAUUUCCAUCCUUCUUGUCUUCAUCCAUCAUAAGAAUAAGCGUUACCGAAGGCGAUGUCCCCACCAGUUUCGCAAGAGAUAAGGAAGGAAAAUGCCGCGGGACUCUCAGUGAAUUGCCGGGCGGGAGGGAGGGUUGGUGUAUCUGCCCAUGGACUCUGCGUUGU